AUGAGCACAAUCUCUUCUUUAUAUUUUAUCCUAUAAUUUUAUAUACAGCUCCCUGAAAAUAGCUGAUCAUGGGCUCCUUGGCAACUCAAAUAGGGGAAAACGAGGCGUUCUCUUUCGCCAUGGCAGUGGCAACCGGUUCGGUUCAACCCAUGGUCCUGCGAGCCAUAUAUGAGCUUGAUGUACUUGAAAUCAUCAAACGUGCAGGACCGGGUGCCCACCUAUCCCCUGUCGAGAUUGCUGCCCAAUUACCUACUAAUAACCCGAAUGCUGCACCCAUGUUAGACCGGAUGCUCCGGGUUCUAGCUAGUAAUUCCAUCCUUUCGUAUACAACUCAUAACCGGGCUGAUGGUCAGGUAGAAACACUUUAUGGGCUUACUCCGGUUUGCCAGUUCUUGACUAAGAAUGAGGAUGGUAUUGGUUUACGCAAUCUUACUCUUGUUAAUACAGAUGAGGUUUUAAUGGAGAGCUGGUACCACUUAAAAGAUGCAGUACUUAAUGGAGGGAUUGCAUUCACUAAAGCCCACAAUAUGGAGGCAUUUGAAUAUCAUGGAAUAGAUCUUAGAUUUAACAAAGUUUUCAACAAUGGAAUGUUUAACCACUCAACUAUUAUUAUGAAAAAAAUUACUGAAACCUACAAAGGAUUUGAAGGUGUUUCUACUUUGGUUGAUGUUGGUGGUGGCAUUGGUGCUUCUCUUAAUAUGAUAGUUUCUAAAUAUCCAAAAAUUAACGGUAUCAAUUUUGAUUUGCCUCAUGUUGUUCAACAUGCUCCCACUCGUAAUGGACUGAAACAUAUAGGAGGAGAUAUGUUUGAAAGCGUACCAAAAGGAGAUGCUAUAUUCAUGAAGUGGAUAUGUCAUGAUUGGAGUGACGAGCAUUGCAUAAAGCUAUUAAAGAAUUGUUAUGCUUCGUUGCCAGACAAUGGCAAAGUAAUAAUGUGCGAGUACGUACUCCCAAUCGAACCACAAUCUAGCCAACCAGUGCGGACUGUGUUUCAAGUUGAUUGCAUCAUGAUGAAUAACUACACUGGUGGAAAGGAAAGAACUGAGCAAGAAUUCAAGAGUUUAGCCAAAGCAGCAGGAUUUUCUGGUUUCAGAGUUGCUUGUUCAGUUUAUAAUGCCAAGAUCAUGGAAUUCCUUAAAAAUAACACCGAAACUAAUUCCAACACAACUAAUCAUGUCGAGGAUGAUGAAAUCUGCGCAUUCGCUAUGGCGAUCACAAGCAGUUCAGUUCCACCUAUGGUCCUUAAAGUAGUGAUUGAGCUAGAUGUAUUUGAGAUAAUUAAAAAAGCUGGGCCGGGUGCCUAUUUAUCGUCAGCUGAGAUUGUGGCUAAAUUACCGACAAACAAUAAUCCUGAUGCUGCAAACAUGUUAGAUAGAAUGCUCCGGCUGCUGGCUAGCUUUUCUAUUCUUUCGUACUCACUUCAGAGUCGACCUGAUGGUCGUGUUGAACGGCUUUAUGGACUUCCUCCGGUGUGCCAAUUCUUAACCAAGAAUGAAGAUGGUGUUAGUUUAAGUCCUAUUUCUCUUAUGAUUCAAGAUAAGAUUCUUAUGAAGUGCUGGUAUUAUUUAAAGGAUGCUGUUCUUAAUGGUGGCAUUCCAUUUAACAAAGCCUACGACAAGACAAUAUUUGAUUACUUUGGAACAGAUGCUAGAUUCAACAAAGUUUUUGACAACGGAAUGUCAAACUACUCAGCCAUUAUAAUGAAAAAAUUGCUUGAAAAUUAUAAAGGAUUUGAAGGUGUAUCUACCUUGGUUGAUGUAGGUGGUGAUACUGGUGCUACUCUUAACAUGAUUCUCUCAGCAUACCCCACCAUCAAGGGUAUUAAUUUUGAUUUGCCUCGUGUUAUUGAAGUUGCACCCAAUUAUAAAGGUGUGGAGCAUGUAGGAGGAGAUAUGUUUAUAAGUGUACCAAAAGGAGAUGCCAUAUUCAUGAAGUUGGUAUGCCAUUGUUGGAGUGAUGAGGAAUGCGUAAAGUUGUUGAAGAAUUGCUAUGAAUCCUUGCCAGAAGAUCAUGGCAAAGUAAUAGUGUGCGAGUACAUACUUCCAAUUGCACCAGAAACUAGCUAUGCGGCGAGGAUGGUGUUCCAAUCUGAUGCCAUCAUGUUGGCUCAAAAUGGUGGUAAAGAAAGAACUGAGUUAGAAUACAUGAAUUUGGCCAAAAGAGCAGGAUUUAAAGGUUUUAGAGUUGCAUCUUCAACUUAUGAUAUUAAGGUCAUUGAGUUAUUCAAAAAUGCCUAAUGAACUCUCAUCUUUAAAUGAUGAUUGUCAAAGUCUCAUUCAAUAAAUGAUGUGUUAGAAGCUUCUUAGAUGAUUGUAGAUGGAUUUUCUCUAUUUCAAGCAAUAAAAGAAGUCUUUGAUGUUCAUCCAA